AUGUCAUAAAUCUCUAACGAUUCUAAUACUUAAUUUUAUAGUCCUAAAUCAUCAACCAAUUAGGAUUAAUUCAAAAGUGCAUAAGAAUAAAUCAUUCCUCCUUUUGAUGAAAAAAGUAUUACACCUAAAAGUAAUACAAAUUCAAAUGUUAUUAAUCUUAAAGAUUAAACUCCUAUAAGGAAUACAGAUUUUAUUGCUUAAUUUGGAUAACCAUUAUAAUAAGAUACUCAAUAAUCAUAAGGUUAAUUCUAUGGUUUUGAUGAUUUUCCUUAAAUGGUUGAAAAUACAGAAAAUGAUAGUGAGCAAGCUGGAGAUGAUUCACAAUUAGAUUAACAAAAAUAUAUUAGUCCAUAAUAAUAAGAAAUUAUAUCUAAUAGAAAAUAAUCAAGAGAUCUGAAAGAUUUUGAUGAUCUUAUGAAUAAAAAGAAUGAAUAAUUUUAGAAAAUUAAUCCUUUUGGGAUAUAAAAUAAUAUCAAUUUUGAUUAAUAGCCUAUAGACUAAUUUAAGAAGAAUGAUGUUAAUUCUGAAAAAUAGAAUUAUGCCUAUUUUAAUGAUUUUUAAUCUGCACAUUAAAAAAAAUCAUAAAUGAUCUUUACAUUUCAUGAAUCUAAUCAAUUUUAUGAUGAAGGAACUUAAAAUAAUUUUACUAUAAAUUCCUAAUAAUCCUAAUCCUUUGCCCCAUAACCUAAUUUUGAAUUUCAAUAAAACAAUUUCAACUAAUUUCAACCCUAACAGCUAGAUAACAAUUAAAAUUUAAAUUUCUAUAAAACUUAUUCUACUCCUAUAUAAUAAAACAUAUUUGAAUAACCAAAAGUAAUCUCGUCCUAAGAAUCUCUUAGAGAUGAGAUACCUGCAUCUAACAUUUCCUCUUAAAUUAAAAAUUAAACUGUAUCUUUACCCUAAUUAAAUUAUGGAUAAUAAAUAUAAUCUUAAAGUAGCCUCAAUUAAUUUAAUUAACAAUAAUAGUAAUCUUAAUAAAUUACAAACUAUUCCCCUAUUUAAUCUUUAGAAAUAAAUAAAAAAAAUUAAUAAUCAGAAUUGAGUUCUGAAUAAGAAGAAAAAUCUAAAGAUAAUGAUAAUAUUAUUAAUAGUUAAUUUGAAAUUAAAGAAGAUUAUUCUGAAUUUCAAUGGCAAGGUUUUCAAUAAUAAACACAUGAUUAAUAAUUAUAAAGAGAUAACUUUAAAAUGAAAGAUUAAUAAUAAAAUUUCCCAUAAGAAUUAUCUAAAUAAUCAUAAUUUAACAAAGUAUCAAAUAUAGCUCCAAUUUAAAUUUGGUAAGAAUUUGUUCCCCAAUCAGAUACUCAAUAAUCAAUUUAAUUUGAAAAACUCCAAAUUUCUUAAUAAUAAGAUAAAUAUUAAAAAUAAGAAUAAAAUCAAUAAAUAUAUGAGUCAUAAUAGAUUAAUUAAUAAAAAUUUGUAGAUUUUGAUAAUUUAUAAUUCUAAGAUGAAGAAUUUUAACCAAAUUUUCCAGUAUAAAAGGAAACAUUUUAAAUAAAUUAAAAUCUACAAUUUAAUGAAUAAAUUCCUAUUACUUAGAUUUAAAGAGAAAACAUAAAUAACUCAAAUUAAUAAUAGAAAUUUGAUUUAAAUUAAGGUAAAAUGAAUAGUUUCUAACAAUAAUAAAACAAAUUAUAUACUGAUUAAAAUUCAACACAAGAUAAUAAUAGAAUAAUGAGUCAUAAUUCUUAUAAAUCUUUUUAAGAAUUAUAAUAAAGUGAUGAAGAGGAAAUCUUUUAUGAUUUAGAUAAUCCUUCUUGGGAUUAAGAUUAAGAUACAUAUAUUCAAUCUUAGAAUUAAAAAUAAUAAUAAAAUUAAAAAGAGAUCUUUUCUUAAUAAUUAUUUGAAUAAUAAUAAGAAGUAAAAAUAACCCCAAGAAAUGAGGGUAAAAAUUAAACAUAAUAAUUAAAUGAGAAUUUAUAACUAAAUAAUAUAACUCCUAAUCAAUCUCCUUAAUUUUAAUCAUAUUCUAAUUCUUCAAAAUCAGUUAAUGAAAAAAAGAAAAAUAAUCCUUUUGCUGUUGAGGAAACUGAAAUUAUUAAAAAUCCUAAAUGGGAAAAAGAUUUGCCUUAAUUUGAUUAUACAUUAUUUGAAGCAAAACCAGAAUUAAAAAAACAAUUAGAAUCAAUUAAAGAAAUGCAAGAAGAAUCACUUACCUAGAGUUAAGGAAUAUAAAAUAGAAAUUCAACAUAAUUUUAAGAAAAUAUUUUAACAGACUACUAAGAGAAAUCAAUUGAAGAAUCAAAGGUAAUCUAACCCUCUUUAAAAGUUUAAUCUUAAGAGAUUCCAUCAUCUUUUAAAGGAUUUCAUGGUGUUAGAGAAAGUAAAGAUAGUAACAAAGAGGCUAUAAAUCCUCAAUUAUUAGUGGAAUAACUAAUUCCAGGUUUACAGGAUAUUAUUAAGAAAUCUUUUUAAUCUAAUAUUGAAUGUCAAUUAUAAUAAUUAGCAUUGUAAUUUUAACAAAAAUUAUAAGAAGAAGAAUUUGAAAACUUUGAUAUUGAUAAAAUAAAUUCAAAAGUCUUUAUGAUAGAGAAUUUGGUAUAAGGAUAUGGUAAAAAGUUAGAUUAAAUAACUGAAAUGCUUAAUAAAGAGAAAGAAAAUUAAGAAUAAUAAAGAUUAAUAGAAUAGAAAGCAUAAAAUUAGGUAUAAGAAUCAUAACAACAAAUUUAAUACUAAAAAAAGAUUUGUUCACCUUUUGAAUUAAAUUUAGAAGACCACUUUGAUGAAUAACCUAUAUAGAAUAUUUAAUAUUAGAAUUAGGGUUAUUCAAAAAUAAAUGUUGCCUAAUCAAGAUUAGUAUAAAAUAAAUAUUAAUAAGGUUUUGCACCUUAUUAAACAUUAUAUUAAACAUAAUCAUAAUAUUUAAACGAAAGCAGAAUAAAAGAAGAUGACUAAGUAGAUAUAUUACAAAAAUAUUUAACAAAUAAUUAAUUUUAAAAGUAGUCACUAAAAGAAUUACAAGAUUAUGAGAUUCAAAAUUAUAAGAAAUAAUGUUUAAGUGAGAAAACAACACUUUUAGAUACAUAUGAAUUGAUGGUUACAUUAACAUCAGAAAAAUAUGAAAGUUAAGAAAAUUAAGGAUUUAGAAUUAUAAUUUUAAUGAAAAAUAAAGCUUAAUAUGAAAUCUAAAAUUUAAUUGUCAAUUUUAAUUCAAAUAAAAGUAUUUAUUUAUUUUUAUUUUAUUAUAGUAAAGGAUGAAUAUAUAUUAAGACCUGAGAAAGUAAGUUAAUCUUAUUUAAAUCCAGGAGAUAUCAUUAGAUAAGAGAUUACAUUUUAACAUUAUGACCUUUAAAGUGUAUAUUUAAAUUGCUACAUUAAAUACACAAUAAAUAAUUUUAAAAUGGGAUACAAUUAUAAUAAGAUGUCUUAAAGUCAAGGGCUAUAAGGAAUAUAAGAUUAUUCUAAUUUAUAUCUAUCUUAAAUGAAUAGUAGAUAUGCAAUUUAAGAGUAAUAUAAGUAAUAAUAUUUAUUAGAGUUGGAUAAUUCAAGAGAAACUUUUAAUUUUGCAUAGCCAGACCAGCGAAUAAAUUUUUUGUUUAUAAAUUCAUUACAAGUGAAAAAAUAUAAGAAUAUUAAAUGAAAUGUUAAAGCGAAUAGUUUUAGUUAAGAUCAUUAGAAGAGCUUAUAAUAUUUCAUCCUUGGUUAAUAUAAAUUGAUUAAUUUACUGUUGGAGGGAAAUUGUCUAUUUAAUUAAAAAACGGCCAUUAUGAGUUUGUGAUAAAAGUAGUUAACAAAAAUUAAAAGGGAAUUGUAUAUAUGAAUGGAAUGGAUAUGGAUUUAAAGUUAACUUAACAUUUUCUUACUUUCUUUGUCUUUCUGUUUAGUAAAUUAUAUUGA